AUGUCCAAGAAAAUCUCCUUCGACGAUUUCUUGAAGCAGCAGCAGCCAUCGCAGCCGCGUGGGUACGGCUACCAGAACAAUGCUCUGGACGGCCCCAACAAUUACCAGAACCAGUACCAGAACCAGUACCAGAACCAGUACCAGAACCAAUACGGAGCACAAGGAUUCCAGAAUGUCCAGUCGUUUGUUCCUUCCGGCAUGAUUCCAAGCAGAGGAGGCACUCCGGGCCCAGAAUCUUUCGUUGCCAGUGGAAGUGUGACACCUUCUGCCAAUGCCUCGACCACAUCUCUUUCUUCUCUCAAUACCGCAUUGAAGAAGCUUUCUGUAGAAGGACCCAUUCUCGAGGACUUGGCCCAGAUCCAGGUCGCUACCAAGUCGUCCGAGGCCAAAAAACACGCCGAGGAGAUCGCCAACAAGAUCUUGGCUGCUCCCACCAUGUCUGUAGUCGAAGAGUGGAAGAUCAUCGAGGUGCUCAAGUCUUUGUCCAAGCCUAAGAAUUCGCCCAUCGUGAGAGAGUCUGCGCUUCUUAUUGUGCAGCAAUUGGCGCUCAAGUGUGGCGGCCAAACCCCCAAGGAAUGCCACUUGCUCCAGUUUCUUCCUGCUGUGUUGGAGUUCUUCUCUGACAAGGACAACAGCAUCAUCAGAAGCGCCAAACAGACCCUCGACGCCAUGUACGGCACCUUCCCUGUCGAGGCGCUUGGCUCGCUUGUCAUUGACGAGUUCUUGACCUACCUCAAUUCGUCCGCCAAAUGGAACUCCAAGGUCGCUGCCUUGUCCAUCUUCGACAAGUUGAUCGACGAUGUCCCAGCCGACUUGCUCGAGAUGAAGUUCAUCACUGCGGUCCCAAUCUUGACCGACUUGGCAACCGACUUCAAGCCAGAGUUGGCCUCGAUCGGUUUGAAGACCUUGAAGAAGUUCGUCAAGGUCUUGGAUAACUUGGACUUGCAAAACAAGUACGACUUGAUUGUCGAGACCUUGGCCAACCCAAAGAUGGUCACCGAGUGUAUCAAGAACUUGUCCUCCGUCACUUUCGUUGCUGAGGUUACUGAGCCAGUUUUGUCCUUGUUGGUUCCUAUCCUUGACAAGUCCUUGAAGAUGUCUUCCUCUUCCAACGAUCAACUCAGACAAACCGUCACUGUCACUGAGAACUUGACCAGAUUGGUCAAUGUCAAGAGAGAAAUCGAAUCGUACAUCCCAAUCUUGAUGCCUGGUGUCGAGAAGGUGGUCAACAACGCCUCGUUGCCUGAAGUCAGAGACUUGGGUUCCAAGGCUUUGAAGGUUUUGCAGGAUGCUAAGGAUGAGCAAACCGAUGGCCACUUCCAUGGCAGAAUCUCUUUGGAGCAAGCUACCGACUUCUUGCAGAAGGAUCUUUCCGAAGAUGUUCAACCUGUCGUUCAAUUGCUUCUUUCUGGUCCAGAGGAGAAGUCCUACGUUGGCACUGUCUUGAUGACUGAUGCCAAUGUCAACGACUGGAAACGUUUGACCGAGUACUUGGACUUGGCUAUCGAGACUUCCGAUGAAAUCUCUGCCGAAAUCAAGAACAGCUACAUUGAGCAAGUGCUCAAGAACGUCAGAGCCUUGUUCGAAAGCAAUCAGCUUAAGUCUGAUGAGGACGAUGAUGGAGCUAUUGAGGUUGUCAAUGCCGACUUCUCUUUGGCAUACGGUUCCCGUAUGUUGUUGAACAAGACGAAAUUGAGAUUGUUGAAGGGUCACAGAUACGGUUUGUGUGGUAGAAACGGUGCCGGUAAGUCUACUUUGAUGAGAGCCAUCUCCAAGGGUCAAUUGGAAGGAUUCCCAAGCCCAGAGGAGGUCAGAACUUGUUUUGUGGAGCACAGAUUGCAAGGUGAGGAAGGUGACAUGGACUUGGUCAGUUUCAUUGCAUCCGACCCUGAGUUGAAGCACGUCAGCCGCGCCGACAUUUCUGCUGCCUUGCUGACAGUUGGAUUCCCAGACGAGCGUUUGGAGCAGAAUGUUGGUUCCUUGUCGGGUGGUUGGAAGAUGAAGUUGGAGCUUGCCAGAGCCAUGUUGAUGAAGGCUGAUGUUUUGCUUUUGGAUGAGCCUACUAACCACUUGGAUGUUGCUAAUGUCCAAUGGCUUCAAAACUAUUUGGUUGAGAACACCCAGAUCACUUCUUUGAUUGUGUCGCACGACUCUGGUUUCUUGGACCACGUCUGUACCGACAUUAUUCACUACGAGAACAAGAAAUUGGCCUACUACAAGGGUAACUUGUCUGAGUUUGUCAAGGUCAAGCCCGAAGGUAAGUCCUACUACACCUUGUCUGACUCCUUGGUGAAGAUGGCCUUCCCUCCUCCAGGUAUCUUGUCUGGUGUCAAAUCGAAUACCAGAGCCAUCGCCCGUUUGUCCAACGUGACUUUCUCCUACCCAGGUGCUCCAAAGCCCUCUUUGCGUGACGUGUCGUGCAGUUUGUGUUUGUCGUCUCGUGUUGCUGUUUUGGGUCCAAAUGGUGCAGGUAAGUCUACUUUGAUCAAGUUGUUGACAGGUGAAACUAUUCCUCAAGAAGGUAAGGUGGAGAAGCACCCUAACUUGAGAAUUGGUUACAUUGCUCAACAUGCCUUGCAACACGUUGAGCAGCACAAGGAGAAGACCGCUAACCAAUACUUGCAAUGGCGUUACCGUUUCGGUGAUGAUCGUGAGGUGUUGUUGAAGGAGUCGCGUAAAAUCUCUGACGAAGAGAAGGAGAUCAUGGCCAAGCAAAUCACCCUCGAGGAUGGCAAGGGUCCUAGACAGAUCGAAGCCCUUGUUGGUAGACAAAAGUUGAAGAAGUCGUUCCAGUACGAAAUUAAAUGGAAGAACUUCUUGCCAAAGUACAACACUUGGUUGCCAAGAGAGUUUUUGUUGGAGCAAGGUUUCGACAAAUUGAUUCAGAAGUUCGAUGACCACGAAGCCUCUAGAGAAGGUUUGGGAUACAGAGAGUUGAUUCCAAGUGUGAUCAGAAAGCACUUUGAGGACGUCGGAUUGGAUGGUGACAUUGCUGACCACACUCCAAUGGGCUCUUUGUCCGGUGGUCAAUUGGUGAAGGUUGUCAUUGCCGGUGCCAUGUGGAACAACCCACAUUUGCUUGUUCUUGAUGAGCCUACUAACUACUUGGACAGAGACUCCUUGGGAGGAUUGGCCGUUGCCAUUAGAGACUGGAGUGGAGGUGUGGUGAUGAUUUCGCACAACAACGAGUUUGUUGGUGCCUUGUGUCCUGAACAAUGGCAUGUCGAGAACGGAGAGGUCGUUCAAAGAGGUACUGUGAACGUCGAUGCAUCUCGUUUCGCAGAUGAAGCGCAGUCCACAGAGGGAUCUCCUGCUCCAGAGCCAGUCAAGAAGAGAGCUGACGACGAUGACUCUCCAGCCAACAUCAAGGUCAGAACCAGAAAAAAGAAGAUGACCAGAAAUGACAAGAAGUUGCAGGCUGAGAGAAGACGUUUGCGUCACAUUGAAUGGUUGAGCAGUCCAAAGGGCACACCAAAGCCACCAGACACCGAUGAUGAAGAGGAGUAA